CUAGACGGUCGCCUCCUCCUACCAACAAAAAAAGUCCCUCUCUUUCUCUAGCGAUCAGCCAAUCAUGGAUGAAGAGUACGAAGUUAUCGUUCUCGGUACUGGUCUCAAGGAGUGCAUCCUCAGUGGCCUCCUCUCCGUCGAUGGCAUCAAGGUACUUCACAUGGACAGGAACGACUACUACGGUGGAGAGUCAACUUCACUUAAUCUCAAUCAGCUGUGGAAGAAGUUUAGGGGAGAAGACAAGGCUCCUGCUCAUUUAGGUUCUAGCAGAGACUACAAUGUUGACAUGAUGCCCAAGUUUAUGAUGGCGAAUGGGAAGCUUGUUCGUGUCCUUAUCCAUACCGAUGUGACCAAGUAUUUGUCUUUUAAAGCUGUUGAUGGAAGCUAUGUCUUCGUCAAAGGCAAGGUUCAGAAGGUGCCAGCAACUCCAGUGGAGGCCCUCAAAUCUUCUCUUAUGGGUAUUUUUGAGAAACGUCGUGCUGGAAAGUUCUUCAGCUAUGUUCAGGAAUACGAUGAGAAGGAUCCGAAAACACAUGAUGGAGUGGAUUUGAAGAGAGUUACAACAAAGGAGUUGAUUGCGAAAUUUGGUCUGGAUGAAAACACUAUUGACUUUAUUGGUCAUGCGGUGGCACUUCACAGUAAUGAUAGCCAUCUCCAUCAACCUGCUUAUGAUACUGUGAUGAGAAUGAAGCUCUACGCAGAGUCCCUUGCUCGUUUCCAAGGAGGUUCACCGUAUAUCUAUCCUCUCUAUGGAUUGGGAGAAUUGCCUCAGGCGUUUGCACGACUUAGUGCUGUCUAUGGUGGGACUUACAUGUUGAAUAAACCUGAGUGCAAGGUGGAGUUCGAUGAGGAAGGUAAGGUUAUGGGUGUUACAUCUGAGGGAGAGACUGCCAAAUGCAAGAAAGUUGUCUGUGAUCCUUCCUACCUGCCAAACAAGGUGAGGAAGAUUGGGAGGGUUGCUAGGGCGAUUGCCAUUAUGAGCCAUCCUAUUCCAAACACCAAUGAUUCUCACUCGGUGCAAGUCAUCCUACCUCAAAAGCAACUGGGCCGCAAAUCAGACAUGUAUGUCUUCUGCUGUUCGUAUUCCCACAACGUUGCUCCCAAGGGAAAAUUCAUAGCAUUUGUGUCGACAGACGCAGAGACUGACAACCCUCAGACCGAGCUGAAGCCUGGAAUCGACCUUCUCGGUCAAGUUGAUGAGCUGUUCUUCGACAUCUAUGAUAGAUACGAGCCUGUCAACGAACCCACUUUGGACAACUGCUUCAUCUCAACGAGUUAUGAUGCUACAACACACUUUGAUACUACUGUUGUUGAUGUGCUGAACAUGUAUAAACUCAUCACCGGCAAGGAACUGGAUCUAAGUGUGGACCUUAACGCAGCUAGUGCUGCAGAGGAAUGAUGGAGAAAAAUGGCAAAGCUCUCUUCCUCUCUAGUCAAACAACUUGAUGUACUGGUUGUCUUUAUCCCAUUUCAAACGUUCUCACUUGUUUCCUCCCUUCAUGUUGUCUGUUUAAACACAAAAUCAGUUUCAUUCCUAAGACCAAAAUGUUGGAUUUCGUGGUUUAUAUGAAGUGGGGAUUAUAAAAGAA